AUGGCUGCCUACCAAGAUAGUAGGGUGAAAGAGCUAACAGAAAGCUUGGACGUUGAGAGGAAACGACGGUCGUCUUACGAAGGAACGAUCAUCAAGCUGAAACACCUGCUCGAUACCAAUCGUAAAACCAUCUCAACAAUCGAGGAGGAGAAGGAGACAUUGAAUGUUGAGAAGAAAUCGCUGGAGCAGAAGUUUGAACUACUGAAGAAGGAUGUACAGGAAUUCAAAGCCCAAGAAAAGCAAACUGUGACAAAAACUGAGACUUCAACUGCAGGAGAUCUGAAUACUAUCAAACUCCAGGAGGAGAUAAAGCGGCUCCAGAAGCAGAACGAGACGUGCGUGAGCCGUCUUGAGGACACCAUGAUAUCCUUGGAGAGCGAGAAGAUGAAGUGCAGGGAGCUGGAGCGGAAGCUCUCCACCACGGAGGAGAAGUGGGAGCUGGUCGUCAAGCGUUACCGUGACAACGAGAAACAACUGAACAGCAAGAAUACUUUCAAUAUUGGAUUUAAAGGAAAAGAUAAGAUUUAUAAGUUGGACAUCCUUAGCCACGAACUGGAUGGCUCUAAGACAAUGAUCUCUAACAGUCAGCUAGAUAUUCUCAAGUUACAAGCAGAAAACAAAAGGAUUUUGAAUACCUCCAGCUCCGAGAGGGAAAAGUUUGAGGAGCAGCUCAAGGUGGAGCAGAGCUUCCUCGGCAAGGAGGUGGGCCGUCACAGGGAGACCAUCGGAGACCUGGAGCGCUUGGUGGAGGGACUGAAGAAGGAUCGGGACGUACUGGCCCAUGAGCUCCAGGCGAUGAUCAGCAAGGAGCAGAAGCACAAGGAGUGGCUGGGGUCUGUGGACCUUCUGGAGAAACAGAAUAGGGAAAUUUCUGAUAAGAAACAAGUAACGUUCCUGUCACCGAGAUUUAAGUCAUCAUCAUCGCCAUCAUUGCCAUCACUGGAAUCGAGUCUAAGCAAGGAGACGUUCCUGCAACAGGAAUUGGAAAUUGAGAAAAGGAAAAACCAAGAUCUAGCGUCAAGACUGAAGAUGUCGGAGCACUCGGGAGAUGUUCUUCAAGAAGAGCUUGGGAGGAGAUCGGCCGAGCUCUUCAAACAAUAUGAUACUAAUAGAGAUGGCCAGAAUAAACUGGAAAUAGAGCUUCUUGCCACGAGGAGAGAACUGGAGAUGGAAAAGGCUUUAGCCGCCAAAGACAAGGUCAAUCUAAAUCAGACAUUAGAAAGAGAGGAACUGAGACUCAAAGAUCUUGAGACUUCUCUUAGUAAUAAAAACCAGGAAAUCACUCAGUUGAGGAGAGAGGUUGGACGGCUCUCGCUCGACGGAAGCAGAGCGGGUGAAAAGGUCAAUGAGGAAUCAAGACGAAGGUCAGAUAUAGAAUCGAGGAACAAAGUACUAGAAGAAGAAAUGACCAAGCUGUGGGGUCAAAUGAAAGGCAUGGUGGAUCGGCUGGCCGAGGCAGAAAAAUCCAAACAUGAAUUGGAGGCUGAAUUAACCAGGCUAACCAGUCAGUAUCGCCAUCAAGAAGCAGCAAAGGAUAUGCACCAUGCCGAGACCGUUGCCGUGACAACGACCCUGAGUAAAGUCCAGCAGCGAGCUCAGGCCGCAGAGAAGAAGAUACCUGAGCUCCAAACAGAACUGGACCAGACGUCACUUCGACUUCAAGCCACCGAGGUGCAGCUGAAAGAUUACGGCGCCCUCAGGGUUGAACUCCAGGACAGGCGAGAUGAGAUCGUAAGACUGAAAUCACAGAUGCAAGAUGAUAAGUUACAGAGAUCUGUGAUGGCCCAGCAGAUAGAUGACCUACGGCAGCAGGGCAAAGCAUCAAGGGAAAUCGAAGGCCGGUUGAGGAAAGAGAACCAGGAACUGAAGGACGAGCUCUUAGCCAUUCAGACCAAACUCCACUACGCCGAGGAUACGAGUCGCAGUGUCAGUGAUAAGCAUAAUUUGUCCGAGCAGAGCAGAUCAUCGCUGCUUCAACAGGUCGGUAAUCUCCAAGCAGAAAGGGAUAAUCUAAGCCAGGAACUGACUCGUAUCUCAAAUCAGCUGGACGCUCAGAUACGCAAGUACCAGGACUACAAGAACAACACCAAGAUUAAGAUGCAACAAGCAAGGGACCUGUUUGCCAAGCAGAAAGGCAUGCUGGGUGAUAGUCUCAUGAAGCUGCAGGAAGAGUUGAAUGCAGCAAGGUCUGAACUACAGAAGACUAACCAAUCCCAGUCUACCAUAGACAAUAAACAUCAAACCUUGCUCGCAGAACACAGGGAACAUCUUACAAAGUUCACCGAGUUAGAGGAGAUGGUGAGAGACCAGAGCCGCGAGAUCGGUACCCAGGAUUACAGGAUCAAGUUCCUAGAGCGAGAGAACGCCAUGCUCCAAGAGCGCAUUGAUACACUGUCUAAACAAAGGAUGGCCCUGGAGAAACUAGUCCGGGAAUACAGGCUUGAGAAACAGAAGGACGAGAUCAAUCGAUCAAUAGGUGGGCUACCCAGCUAUGGGAGCUUCUCUCAGCCAUCCUCUCACGUCAUGUUAUCACCCAGCAGUGGAAUGGGAAACUCUGUCAGCAACGUGUCAUCUGUGGACCUGGUCAAUGGUCAUCCUGACGGUCUCUUAGUCAAAACCAAUCUUGCCAAUGGGUCAGGCAUCCAAUGACCUUGAAAAACAUCCUCAGUAGCAGUUGACACACACAGUAACAAACCUUGGACAUAACUGCUUUCUCAAAGUGCGACAACUGCUCCUAGACAGAUGCUUUUAUGUGUACAGGGGCCUGAGGUUUAUUAUGUCAAUAGCUGUUGAACUACAUGUAACCUUAACGUGAGUACAUUUACCGGUAGUCCUGUGCUCACUACAGAUUAGCUCUGUGAAGAGUGCAAGAUCAUGUUCAGAAGAAUUUAAUACUCAGGAGAUAUCCGUAUCUCUAGACAAUAAUAGAAAGAGAAUUGAAGAGUUUGCUGGUCAAGCUCUCUAAAGGUCAAUGAACUUUAUAAAAGGUCAAUGAACUCUAUCUUUUGAAUGUAUUUUAAGUUGUACGUAGACUUGUUCUUUUGAUAUUUUUGUCUUAUGGCAAAGUGAGGUUGUUCAUAAUUUUAUAUCAAACACUGAAUAAAAAUAAUUGAUAAGAUUUUGAAACCUCAAUUUUCCUAUAGGAAGAGAAUAUGUGUAAGGUUAGCAAGAUUUUCUCUUAAGUCGGAGCCAAAUUAUUUAAAAUUAUGAUAAAAAUGGGUAAUUGAUGCAGUUUUUACUCAUAUAAUGGAUCUAUAGAAUAUUUAUGUGAUUUAAAGAAAUAGGAAAUCAUGCAAAUGAAAUGAAAUUUUGCUUCAAAUUUAUGCACUUAAUCUAACUGUUUUAUUGAAAAAUAUAUAUAUUAUGGAGUUUAAUCUGUUUUGGUACAUCGCAAUUGAUCACCCAACUUGUAUAUCAUAGUUCAUGAGAAAGCUGAAGUUAUACUAUUAAUUUUCCUUUUUUUGGUGGGUCAGUUUGAAAUUUCAAUAUAUGCUGCUUAUUUGUUAAGAACGAAUGGAAAUGCAUUUCAUGAUUUAUGGUAUUGAAUGAAAUGUUGCAUGGUGUCUUUUUUAUAUAUAGAAAUGGGCAAAGUUUUUAGAGACCUGGGGGCCGUUUCAUAAAGCUGUUCGUAAGUUAAGAGCAACUUUAAGAAGGACUGGUGAUCCUUUCUUACGCGCUAAACCAUCACCAAUGAAUAUACCGUUUACCACAAGAAAGGAUCACCAGUCGUUCUUAAAGUCACUCUUAACUUAAUAACAGCUUUAUGAAACACCCACCUGGCCCAUAUACAUGUACUUAUAAAUUCAUCUUUGAGGCUUAAUCCCCAGUAUGCAAAUAAAUGCUGUUUUAUGCAAUUAUGUACAUGUACCUGCAACUUUGUAACAAGCUUACUUUUAAAUAAGUUUUCUAUAAAAAUGCAGUCUUUGAUAAUGUUCGGGGGGGGGGAGGGGCUUCUUUUUAUAUGUAUAUUAUUGCUGUGACUUCAUUUUUUUUCUUCAGAUGUCGAUGCUUGAGGCAUUGUUUUCUGGUUGUACAUGUAUGUCCGCCAGUAUGUAGUUUUUGUUACUCAAUGAAGACUUUCAUGUAUUACAUCAUUUUGUAUGCAUAAUGAGCUGAUAUGCAUAUUUAUUUGGCUAGUUCUGAUUGUGAAUAAAAAGGAGAAUGAAACCUUUGAAUUUAGUUGGCAGAGAUAAAACAGAAAAAUCAAAGAAACAGAUCAAUGAAGGCUUGAGAAAAAAAAUUAAAUAAAUAAUCAGAAAGCCGUGAGCAUUAUUUUAUAUGUUGAUUAGUUAUACAGGUACAUGUACAGUACAUUUACAUAAUUUACAUAAAUUCUUACAUUCAUGGGACGACAUGUAAUGUACAUGUAGUUUACAGGAAUGGACACAUCCAUGGACAUGUAGUUCUUUCAUUAGAAUGAGCAAAAUAAGAUAGUUUGGGGUAUAUUUUCACUCUUUCCAAUUUAUCAUGUUUAUCAUGUGUGACAUCACAAAUCUUGGCCGCAUUGCCGAUGGGAGGAUCUCCAUUGCAUUAGUGAUUUCAACAUUCAAAUGCUCACAAUUUUCUUAUUGUUUGUCUAAUUGUUCUCAAACUUCUUUAGAUCUUAUUCUUUGAUUUUUUUUCUGUUUUCACAUACAUAUAAGCUAACUUGUUAUAAACGUUUUAGUCUCCUGUGAGGAUUAUUUGUAUUUUAUUCAUGCAUGCUUUACCAAAUUUCUACUAACUGUAACUGUAGUGCCAUAUCAAUGUGUGCUAUUGAGAAGUACAUGUACAUGUAGGUGAUUAAUAAUGAUGAAAUUCAUAUCUAAAAUUGUUUUUAGGUUUUGUUAAGGUUUUUUCUUUUGUUAUGAUUUAUGCAUACUGUAUCAUAGACCGAGAAAUUGAAUUGCAUUUAUUUCAUUAGGAUUCUUGCAUUAUUUCUAAAGGUAAAGUAAAGUAGUUGCGGCAAACAAUUAUUUUAUGACAAAGUCUUUUAAAUCAAGGUUAAUGGUCACAAUAUCAUAAUUGAUCUACAUGCUCAUCUGGUAGACGUAGCUUAAUGUAAACUUAUCUUUGUGAAAUCAUGAAAAAUCUCACUUGAAAACCGAUGAUUAUGACGAUCACUAACACAGAAAAGCAUACAUAGGAGAGUAUAUUAUUCCUUGGAAAAAUCCCUACAUUUGAUGGAAUUCUGUGCUUAUUUUGCUCAUUUCUCAGCAAUUACACAUUUUCUACCAGAGCUAUUUGGCACAUAUUUUUUUAUUGAUACAUACAAACAAUUUGGUGGUAAUUCUAUUGGAUUCUGUUUGAACUCAUUUUGAGAAUGUUAUGCACAACUGGCAUUUACCUUUAAAUGCACAAUGAUGAGCAUCAUCAUCAUACAGAGAUGAAUUAGUCCACUUAAUAUAGAAUAUUGUUUAUUCUGUAUGUUGUUGUUUUUUCAAUAGUUAUCAUGUUUCAAUGUCGAAAAACAACAAAAUUUGUAAUCUAUUUGUUCAAAUUUGUUUAAAAGACAUUUAAAAAAAGAUGAAUGAUGGGAAAUUUUGUAAUAGAUUUCAUUUGUAUUACAAAUUAUCUGAUAUGUAUGUACAUGUAUGUAUAUUGUAUAGUUAGAUUUAUUGAGAUUUUACUAUGCUUUGGUGAUGUCAUGAUCGCUUUAAGAUACUGUGAUCAUGGUAACCUUGACAUUCUGAACUUUUAUCCACUCCCUGGGGAGUAUUUUAACCACAUGUCAUGUGACAGAUUCUACUGUCUCAAUACGGAUUGAUGAGUUUUGAAAUAUCUUGCCAAGAACAAUUGUACUGUUAUAUAAUAUACUUUUCGAUUAUAUUUAUUACGUUAUCUCUCCACUUAUGGCCAAUUUCAUAAAAUAAUCAACUUUUUUGUAUGUCUGACCCCGAUUUGUCUCAACUCUUGCUUCAAUUCAUAAACUGACCAAGUCAUGGUCCUUUGACAGUAUUACAGACUGUCAAAAGAACCAGAAAUCAGAGACAGAAAAAUUUCAUGAAGGUCUCACAUACAUGGGGUUGGACGUACAUAUUUUAUGGAAUUGCCCUUUCUAUGCUCAAUUAUGUCAGGAAUUGUAAAGAUGUAAAGUAAAGAUGUAAUGUAAAGUAAUUUAUUAAACAGCCCCUUUACUGCAUAUGAAAAUAAUUUGAAUAUGUAUCAUAAAAUGAAUAAUUCAUAGAAACGAGGGAGGCAUAUGUUUUACAGAAUGAAGCUGAUGAAAAGUGUACGAUUAAAAAAAAAUUAAUGAUACAUUGAUUACUGAGCAAAUGUAUUUUAAUAAUACUGAUUAUUUGUAAUAAGUGCACAUUUAUUUUAUUGUGAUAAAUGAAUUUUUAAUUGACUAUUGCACCUUGAUUCAAUAAUGUAACUACCAAAUAAUUAAAAGAGAUGUACUGUAUGCAUUUUAAGGUAUUGAAGAUAAUAUUUGAAGAUAAAUGUAUUUACAAGGCUGAAAUAUAAAAUAUUUAAUUUAUAAAAGUUAAUUUCUACCACAAUGCCAUGUAUCUUUCAGUAUCAGUAGGUAUAGUUUUUAUAUAUACAUUUUGUAUGAAAAAAAAUGUUUGAUCAAUAGUAACUUUAAUAUUUGAUGUCAAUACAAAUGAUAGUCAUUUUGAUGAUUAGCUGUUCUAAAGAAUAGUAGAUAUUUACUACUAAUAAUAGGAAUAUGGGGUAUUAUUACAGCGCACAUCUACAUGUACAUUGUUUUUAUGCAUAUUACCCAGGCUAAGCUCGACUGCUGAUUCCGAUGAUCACAGCUUUUUUAGGAAUUCUCCCUGCUGGCACCAAAAAGUGAAUGAUAUAUAUUUAUACU